UACGUCUAUCGGCAUUUUAGCUGAAAGCGUCUGAAAUCUUCACAUUUUUUCAAACUUCAUUGCAAUUAAACCAUAGAAAUGGGUAAUAUUUUUGGGCUUCGAAGACAAGAUAGCACUGACAAUCCUAUGGAGAACCAUAAUGAAAUUUACUACGAGUUAGAAAACUACAGCUUAAGAAGGACAAUACCCGAUGAAAAUGGGAACAUUUUUGUGCGUCAUGAGAUAAUCCAUGCUGCUUGGAGAAACCGAGCCCCAAUUCGAAAUGAGAGCCAUCACAGGUCAACUAGACCUGGUUUUGGUGGCCAUUAUUCAUCGGUGCAACCAGUAUAUGAGGAUUGGGACCCAGAUGAGGGUGUCGAGGACUUCAACUCUGUAUCUUAAAGGGAGAACUUCGAAGAAGCCGAGUAAAGCUAAAAAUAUGGAAUAUUAAAUCAAAAUACAAAUAUAAAUAUAUAU